CUCGAUCUAACUGAGCGAGUGUUGGUGUCGGAUACAGUCGCCAUUUAGUGCGGCAAGUUCUCCUUCGCUGGGAGAGGUGGCAGUAAGAGGCCCAUCCCCCUUUCCCCUCAGGAGCGGGAGGGAAGGACCGAGGGGAAGCAACUGAGGCAGACGACACAGGCUCGGCUUUUCUUUUAUAUCUUUUCUCUCCACGCUGUUCCUUCCCUGCCUCGGAGGCCGGGCAUUGCCGGAGAGUGAGGCGGGGGGUGGCCUCCGCCUUCUCUUGUGGGUGAGAACGAAAGGGAGAAGGAGGCGAGGCGAGGCGGCGGCGGCGGCAGUUCCAGCAUCUUGUGAGGAGGCGAGCAAAGGAAGGGGAGCGUCGUCGUCGUCGGCAGCUGGCUGAGGCGUCGAGGACGCGCCAGGGCCCUGAGCGAGUGCCUGACUCCGACUGACUUGGCUGAGGCAAGGAACGGGGCGAGCCCGAGCGCGCGGCCCCGACAGGGCAGGGCCUGCCCCCACCUCGCACCUACCCCACCCCGCCAGCCCGGGGCCUGCUGUCGGCUCUUGCCCGGCCCCUUCCUUUUCUUUCCCUUCCUCCCCCUUCCCCAUCUCGUCCCUUCCUUUCUUCGCUGCUGCUCCAUGUCGGCCCUGCUUCUUGGCCCGCCGUUGCAGCAGGAUGGAUGCGGACGCUGAUCGGGGAGCCAGCCCGCCGACGGCCCAGCCUGCUCUGAUCCUACAGCGGCAGCACCCGCCGCCGCCGCCGCCUUUUCUCUUCGCCGCGAGGAGCCUCCGAGAGCCUCUUCUGCAGCCGCCGCAACCGCAGCAGCAGCAGCAAGAGCAACUCCUCGGAGCGCUCCCCGCCGAGCAUUGACCCUCCUCGAGUCAGUUGCUGCAGCGACCGACGACCGCGGGUGGUGGUGCGGUUCCUCCUGCUCCCGCUCUUCGGCACCUCUCCUUCCCGUGCUCGACACCAUGUCGGGGGGUGCUUCGGAGAAUGGCGCGAAGGCGGCGGCAACUCCUCGCUUCCUGGCGCCGCCGCCGCCCAAGAACGGUUCUAGCUCGGACAGCUCCGUUGGAGAGAAGCUGGGGGUGGCCGCCGCCGCCGCCGCCUCCACGGCCGCCGCCGGGGACCCCGAAGGCUCGGAGGGUGGCGGGGGCCGCAGCGAGGAGUAUCGCCGCCGCCGUCACACCAUGGACAAGGACAGCCGUGGCGCGGCAGCCACCGAGCACCGCUUUUUCCGCCGGAGCGUGAUUUGUGACUCGAAUGCAACCGCUCUGGAGCUUCCCCGGGUGCAGCCCGCAGCGCCGCCUCCUGCUGAUGCUGCCCGAGGGAGCAUCCCGCCGGUCUUGGGCUCCCCUCCCGAGUCUGUCAUCCAGCCUGCAUGUGCCUCUGUCACGGCCAGCCAGGCCCCCACGCUGCUGCAGCAGUUGUCUCCUGUGCCUCCACCUGCAGAGGAGCAGCCAGGUCAAGAGAUUCUGGUAGCAAAGGAUGUUGUUCCACUGUUGGCCAAGGAGGAGGGAUUGGAGGCAGUGGAGCGGCCUCCUACCAGUACAGCGGGAAGUAUUGUUGCUUCUGUACGGGAUCAGCCAGAAGGACGGAAUAAGCAGCAGGAAGAUAUUGAAGAGCUGGAGACAAAAGCUGUGGCGGUUUCCCCUGAUGGUCGUUUUCUUAAGUUUGACAUCGAGAUUGGCAGAGGCUCCUUUAAGACUGUCUACAAGGGGCUGGACACUGAGACCACGGUGGAGGUUGCUUGGUGUGAGCUGCAGGACAGGAAGCUGUCAAAAUCAGAACGACAACGGUUUAAAGAGGAAGCUGAAAUGCUGAAAGGACUUCAGCAUCCUAACAUUGUUAGGUUCUAUGAUUCCUGGGAAUCUACUGUCAAGGGAAAGAAGUGUAUUGUUCUGGUUACAGAGCUUAUGACAUCUGGCACUCUGAAAACAUACUUAAAAAGGUUUAAAGUAAUGAAAAUUAAAGUACUGCGAAGCUGGUGCCGGCAAAUACUGAAGGGUUUGCAGUUUCUGCACACACGCACUCCGCCCAUUAUCCACCGUGAUUUAAAGUGCGACAACAUCUUUAUCACUGGCCCCACAGGAUCAGUCAAGAUAGGAGACUUGGGUCUGGCAACCUUGAAGCGAGCCUCCUUUGCCAAGAGUGUGAUAGGUACCCCAGAGUUCAUGGCACCCGAGAUGUAUGAGGAGAAAUACGAUGAAUCCGUUGAUGUAUAUGCUUUUGGGAUGUGUAUGCUUGAGAUGGCUACGUCUGAAUAUCCUUAUUCUGAGUGUCAAAAUGCUGCGCAGAUCUACCGUCGAGUGACCAGUGGAGUCAAGCCAGCCAGCUUUGAUAAAGUAGCAAUUCCUGAAGUAAAAGAAAUAAUUGAAGGAUGUAUUCGUCAAAACAAAGAUGAAAGGUAUGCUAUCAAAGACCUUCUGAAUCAUGCAUUCUUCCAGGAAGAGACUGGUGUGCGGGUAGAGCUAGCUGAAGAAGAUGAUGGAGAGAAAAUUGCCAUUAAGCUCUGGUUACGAAUAGAAGACAUUAAAAAACUUAAGGGCAAAUACAAGGACAAUGAAGCAAUAGAAUUUUCUUUUGACUUGGAAAGAGAUGUCCCAGAGGAUGUAGCACAGGAAAUGGUUGAAUCUGGGUACGUUUGUGAAGGGGAUCACAAGACAAUGGCGAAAGCUAUAAAGGAUAGAGUGUCUUUAAUUAAGCGAAAGAGGGAGCAGCGUCAGUUGGUGAGAGAAGAGCAGGAAAAAAGAAAGCAAGAAGUCAGUCAGCAGAAGCAGAUAGAACAGACGUUACAGGCAGGUGCUGCCCAGCAAGGAACAAAACACACCGCACCUGCCACUGGCAUCAGUGCCAUCCCUCCUACUUCAGCAUCAGUUUCUACUCAAGUAGAGCCUGAGGAACCAGAAGCUGAUCAGCAUCAACAGCUGCAGUACCAGCAGCCGAGCGUUUCUGUCUUAUCUGAUGGCACAGUUGACAGUGGCCAGGGAUCAUCUCUCUUCACUGAAUCGUGUGUGAGUAGUCAACAGACUGCUUCCUAUGGUUCCCAACAUGAACAGGCAAUACCUACAGUGUCAGCCCCAGGAUAUGCAGUUCCUGUUGGUCAGCCACAAUCACAGCAACCAGGAGGAUACCAGGCAUCUUCAGUGCCUCAGCGUGGCUGUAGCAUGUCAGUUUGUGCUUCCCCUCUUUCUUUUCCCCCUCUGUCCCAAAUCUUUCCCAAUGCUCCUUCCACUCCACCAUCCGUAUUUUCUGCACCUCUUUCUCCUUCCUACCUUUGGACUGCCCCUGAGGAAACCUUUGGUGAAAAGCUUUCCAAAGCCCUGGAGAGUGUCCUGCCCAUGCACACCACCACUCAACGCAAGCAUCGGCGUUCCAGCCUGCCUGCCCUCUUUGUCAACUCUCCUCAAUCCAUGGUGCAUCCGUGUGGGGGAACCCCAACAUUCCCAGAUGCCCAGGUAUUUUUUCCAACCGUUCAUGAACGGCCACUGUCUUUCUCGCCACCACCCAUCUGCCCUUCAAGGGUGGCCAUUUCUCAGCGACGCAAGAGUACCUCCGUCCUUGAAGCCCAAACUUGCCACUUCCAGCCCUUGCUCAAGACUGAUCAGAGUUUACUUCUUCCUAGUGGUAGUCCAACAGCUUGGGCACCAGAGGCACUGGUGACAAUGAGCGCUACAGGUCAUAAAUCUACAGGCGAGCAUCUGCAGGCUAAACCUGUGUUUGAGUCUGCUCAAGUUUUGGGUGAUUACAGACCUGGACAAGCACCUUCAAAGGAUGCUACAAAUCUGUUGACUCAAGAAGCAAUGUAUUUAGUGGGCUUGCACUACCAGUCCCAGUUGCCAGAACACUAUGAUACAGUAUCCCAUAAUUCCCAAGGGACUGAGCAACACUUGCUACAGGCUCCUGAACAGAGACAUUUGAAAAGUGGCCCUCUUCAGAGUUCUGCUUUUGAGUAUCAAACAGGGCAAACUUUUCUGGCAAGGCAAAUCCAGAAUUUGAGGCUGGAUUCUGGAAUGAAUCCACUGUUGCCAUUGUCUAGCAUGUCAGCCCCAUUAAGUGCAGAUGCCACACAGAUGAAUUUUCACCCUGUGUUUGUUCCUCAUUCUGCACCUGCCAUACUCACUCACAGUGGAGAUGGCCGAACAAGUUGUGUGUUUGAGUUCCAUGUUCAAGCAGCUAAUGUGACUGCUGGAGAAGGUGCAGUCCUGUCCCAGCGGGCUUAUAGAAAUCGUCGAGGCUCCACAGAUUUUAAUCAGGAAGAAUCCCCUCAAACAACUCUACAGCCUGGUCGCCUUCAGCCUGUAACAGAGGAGCAGUGUAACUAUCUGGGUCCUGAGUUCAUGUUGCCUAGAGGCAGUUCUGUUCUUCAGAGCUGGACAGAAGGUAGCCCAGGAUACUCCAGUGACUCAUCACAAUUGACUUCCUCAGACACUGGUGAUUUUCUGUCUCCCCCUCCCAGUGGGGCAUCUACAUCGUAUGGUUUAGACUUGUCUCUCUCUGCACCUCAGCUGGCUCAGAAGGUAUUUCCAGACUCGCAGGUGGUCUUCCAUUUCCCUCAGGGAACUUCAUCUCAACAGGCAUUUUCGGCACUGGUUUCAUCAGGAUCAUCUGCACACUAUCCUCAGAUGCAAGGGCAGCCAACCUCAAGUGGUUCGUCAGUGGGCACAUCAUCCCAGCUUAUGCAGCAAAGUCAGCAGGGUACACAACAGCCAGCUUCCUCUCAGCAGACUGGGCAAUACCAAGUUCAGCAGCCUUCAGUUUCCAGUGGCACUGCCCCAUUGCAGCCUGUUACGCAACAAGCACAAAUAAUGCCUAUGCCUCAGGUGGCAGCUGGAUCACAGCUUCCUGUUUCCCAACCAGUGCCGAUCAUCCAAGGGGAACCACAGUUACCUAUGGCAGCACCUUCCCUUCCUCAGCCUUCAAUAGCCCCAGUCAUGCCCGUUGGCUCUCAUUUUCUCCCUUUGGGACAGCCCCUACAAGCUCCCCUUCUUCCACAGUUCUCAGUCUCUCAGAUGCCCAUAGCAACACCUCAUGUGUCGGUGGCUCAGCCUUGCUUCCCAUCUCUACCCAUCUCUAUGGCAGCUGGCCUUAACCAGCCAUUGCUUACUUUGGCUACAUCUGCUGCAGCAGCUGCUAUUCCUGCGGGCUCAACUGUUGUCCCUAGCCAGCUUCCAACUCUCCUGCAGCCUGUGGCUCAGCUGUCCAGCCAGGUGGUCCCACAGCUUCUGCAGCCAACUGUUCAGUCCAUGGGAUUGUCAGCUACUCUGGGACAAACUGCUGAAGUACCACUUCCAGCUACAGAUGCUCUGUACCAGGGCUUCUCACCUCGGCUACCAGCACAAUAUACUGGAGACCCAAAUAUUGUUUCCUCUUCUGUGGCCUCUGCUUGUCUCCCUUCUGCAGUACUAUCCCCUCCCUUGCCCUCAGAUGCAUUGACUCAGCCAGGCUAUCUUGCUGCAAGGUUGCAGCCUUAUGUGGAGCAGAAUGUUUUAGUUUCUUUGGGCGGUCUAGGAGGACAGGUUCAAGUACAACAGCCUGCUUCCUGUUUAGCACAGCAGGUUCCAUCUGCAUCCUCGCAGCAGACAGCAUUAGAGAGUACUUCUACAGUAACUCAGAUGUUACCUACAGAGCCUCAACCCCCAAUACAGCAGCAGCCUUCACAAUCAACUCCACUGGUUUCAUCAAUAGAUAGUGCACAUUCAGAUGUUGCUUCAGGUUUAAGUGACUGCAAUGAGAGUGUUCCAGCAUCUAGUGGCAGACAUGAAGGAAGGACUACGAAAAGGCAUUAUCGGAAGUCAGUGCGCAGCCGUUCUCGUCAUGAGAAGACUACACGUCCAAAACUGAGAAUUCUUAAUGUUUCAAACAAAGGAGAUCGGGUUGUAGAAUGCCAGCUAGAGACACAUAAUAGAAAAAUGGUUACUUUCAAAUUUGACUUGGAUGGCGACAAUCCAGAGGAAAUAGCUUCUAUCAUGGUGCAAAAUGAAUUCAUCUUGGCUACAGAAAGAGAUUCGUUCGUUGAGCAGGUGCGAGAUAUUAUAGAAAAGGCGGAUGAAAUGCUUAGUGAAGAUGCCAGUGGGGAACCAGAAGGUGAUCAAAGCAUGGACAUCAUACAGAACCAGAAAUUGGAUGGAGACUUCAAGCAACCAGAUCCUGUGUCUUCCAUGCCACAAAGAAUAGGUGUUCCUCCUAAUUCGUUGACUCAGGUCGUCCAUUCUGCAGGAAGAAGAUUUAUUGUCAGUCCUGUUCCGGAAAGUAGAUUGCGAGAACAAACAUUUUUCACUUCCAUUCCAUCAGAAAAUGAGCUUCUUGAUAUAGUUGCUGCUUCCCCAUCUCAUGGCCCUGGGAUGAAUCUUUCACACUCUGCAUCAUCACUCAGCCUACAGCAUGCUUUUUCGGAGCUUAAGCAUGCUCAGAUUCAGGAAGGACCUAGCACAGCUCCCCCAGUUUUUAACCAGGCUGUGCCACCUUUUCCACCUGCAACCACAUGUGUGAAUGGGGGGCUGCCAUCAACAUCCAUGACUGGUCCUUCCAUGUCACUUUCUUCUUCCACUGAUGUUUCUUCAUCAACAACUCAGCCAAUAGAAAAAGUGACCACAGGGCUUCCACUGAGUGAAGAAUUGCCAGGCUCCAGUUCUCCCCCACCAGGGCUGCAGUCUGGGUCCCAGUUAAUUAGUGGAGUGGCUUCCAGCAUCAGUGCUCCUUCAUUUUUAUCAACAACUGCAUCCCAGGCAGAAUCUGCCCCUGGAGAAAUUGCUACUAGUAUUAGCACCCCUGCAUCUCUAACAAUGCCACAAGCUGGAUCCACAUGGCCUAGUGUUAUAGCAUCAGGAGCUAAGGCACCAUCUGUGACACCCCAGCAGGGUGGAGGCAGUGGAAGUGCUGCUCCAACAGCAUCACAAACAUCUAUUCCUGUGUCUUUGGCGCAGAGUAAAGUUUCACACUCUUCUCACUUGAACACCAGCAGCUCUGUCCCUAGCCUGGCAGAAAUGGUAGUGGUUAGUGUGCUGCAGCCACGAUCUGAAGGUGAACAAUCUCAAGAAAAGCCACAGAUAAGCAGUACAGGUGAAAUACCUGUCCCUGUUUCUAUACCUGUAUCCUCUACAGUAACAUCAACUAUACCUAGCUCCAUCUCGCAGCCAGCUGUGGUACAGCCACCAUCCAUCCCACCUGUAGUUACCUCAUCUAGUUUAGCACCAGUAGGAACUGUGGUCUGUACCCCAGUACCCCAGGUUCCUUUAUCUGGCAUUCUGCCACUGGCACAGCCAGUAGCUAAUGUGCCCGCAGUGCAGCAGACUUUAAUACAUAGUCAACCUCAACCAGCUCCUUUGCCCAAUCAGCCUCAUACUCAUUGUCUGGAAGGGGAUGCUGAUACUCAGCCAAAAGCACCUGGCAUAGAUGACAUUAAAACCUUGGAAGAAAAACUGCGAUCCCUCUUCAGUGAACAUGGUGGUGUUGGUGCAGCUCAUCCAGCAGUAUCACUGGACACAUCUCUAGUAAUGGAGACAACAGUUAUGCCUGGUUUACCAACUACUGUGGUUGCACCUACGAAGCCUGUGGCAGCCAUUGCAAGUACCAGCAUACCACCAGUGAGUUUGACACUUGGUCCAACUGGUUUACCUGUCAUGACGCCAGUUGCCACACCUGGGCAAGCAGGCACUCCAGGCAGCUGUGCCCCAGCAACAUGCUGUACUACAUCAGCAACGGUUAAACCAGGAACUCCUCCAUCAAAGCCGCCUCUUAGCAGGGCACCGGCACUACCGGUAGGUUCUGAACUUCCAGCUGGCACUCCAUCCAGUGAGCAGCUGCCGCCCUUUCCGGGACCUACACUAACUCAGUCUCAGCAACCUCUGGAAGACCUGGAUGCUCAGCUGAGAAGAGCCCUGAGUCCAGAGACAGUUGCAACAACGUCAGCUCCUGCCUGUCCUCAACCAUCUGUGACUUCUGCCACAGGUACUGGAAUGGUGUCUGCACCGGAACAGCCCACAAAUACUGAUCCUCAGGAUGCAGAAAGUUGUGCCACAACUACCACCUCCGGUGCUGCAGUUCUUAAGAUGGGUCGUUUUCAGGUGUCAGUGGCAGUGGAUGAUCAGAAGGAGAGUGGAACUAAGCCCAAGCACUUUGACACAACCACCUCAGAGUCUUCAUCUUUGUCUAGCAGCAGCCCAGAGAGCACUGUAGUAAAACCAACCUCCAGUGGAACAGCUGAAUCCAUUGCUGUUACCUCAGUGGAUGUGGGAGAUGGAGUUUUCUCACACCCUUCUACUACACAGUUGCAGCCAACCAAGGUUGGGCGUUUCCAGGUGACAACGACAACAGACCAAGUGGGUCGUUUUUCUGUGUCUAGAACUCAAGAAGAAGAGGUGACCUGUGUGGAAAGAGAGGUCCCUGCAAUAGUCCCUCUCUCUAUGGACUCUGAGCAAGUUUCUUCUCCACUCCAAAUUCCUAAAUCAGAACUUGUGGAGAGAAGGCCUUCUUUGCAUCUGAAUGGGCCAUCAUCUGAGCUGGAGGCUGCCUACCUCAGUAGAGCAGCAAAGGAGCUGGAUGAUGGCUCUGGGAGUCCAGACUCUCUCCUUCCUCCAGGGUCAAAAAUCAGUCUUCCAGUCCAGAGCCUUAGCAACUCAUUCAACUCUUCCUACAUGAGUAGCGAUAACGAGUCAGAAAUUGAAGAUGAAGACUUGAAGAGUGAGCUACGUCAAUUGCGAGAGAAGCACCUUAAAGAGAUCCAAGAACUUCAAAGUCGCCAAAAGUUGGAGAUUGAAUUGCUUUACACAAAACUGGGCAAGGUGCCUCCCGCAGUCAUCAUCCCUCCUGCUGCUCCUCUUUCGGGCAGGCGGAGAAGACCUACUAAAGGAAAAAGCAGCCGGUCCAGCCGCAGCAGCUCUCAGGGUAAUAAGAGCCCUCAGAUUUUGGGUAAUUUGUCUGCCCAGAGUGCACCUUCGGUCUUACCCCAGCAGCAAACCCUCCACCCUCCUGGGAGCGUCCCAGAAACAGGACAGAACCAUCUGUUACAGCCCCUAAAACCAUCUCCUUCUAGUGAGAACCUCUACUCUGCCUUUACUAGUGAUGGUGCCAUUUCCAUACCAAGCCUUUCUGCGCCAGGCCAAGGGACCAGCAGUACAAACACUGUUGGAGGUACAGUGAACAGCCAGGCGCCUCAGCCUCAGCCUCCUGCCUCUAGCCGAAAAGGGACCUUUACUGAUGACCUGCACAAACUGGUAGACAACUGGGCUCGUGAUGCCAUGAACCUCUCUGGCAAGAAAGGUGGAAAGGGGCAUGGAAAUUAUGAGGGCCCGGGAAUGGCGAGGAAGUUCUCUGCACCAAGCCAGCUCUGCAUCUCGAUGACGCCCUCCCUUGGUGCUACACCCAUCCCUGCUGCAUCAGCUACCUCCCUAGGUCACUUCACAAAGGCAAUGUGCCCUCCUCAGCCGUACGGUUUUCCAACAGUGCCCUUUGUAACUCCCUGGAGUGGGACAAGUGGUCCAGCACAGCAGCCUUUAGGCCAAUUCCAGCCUGUAGGAGCUGCUUCAUUGCAAAGUUUCAACAUCAGCAACUUGCAGAAAUCGAUCAGCAACCCCCCUGGCUCUAACCUGCGGACCACUUAAUGAGACCCAGACACACUGCUGGGUAGACCUUGGGGGGUAGAUGGGGCCCUGAGUCAACUGCUAGGCUGCAAUGAAUUGGCUGUUAGUGCCCAAAGGGGGUGAUUUCCCCCUCUAACCAUUGCUCUCUGCUCUCAGUAAGAAAAGCCCCCCAUUCUGAAAAUGGGGAGAAAAAGGUGAUCGGGAUCUUUCGUGAUGGGACAUGCUUCUUCUCAUUCUUACGUAUGACAAAGUGUGUCAAGAUGGAAGUCAUCAUGCAAGCUUUAUGCAAAGCUUAAGAGGUUAAAUUCACAUGUGUUGAGAUGGGAGAGUUGUUUAGUUCUAGCAUGAAUCUUUAGUAUGCCGUUCAUCUUGCUCUGAGGAAUUGGGCCUAGGGGAAAAGCUGUCUAUUUUUUAUCUUGUCUCUUCCUUCCUUCAAACCAUCACACCGAAGUUCCUGAACUGAUGUGGCACACAGGUGAACUUGCGGAACAGCCCAUGCUUUGAGAUAGGUCAUUACUGCUUUAAGUAAAAGAUAUUAACAGCUUUGACUGCAGCAUUAGAGCGAUUUGAAUUGUUUAGAAAAAAAUUUAAAGUUCCCUGCGGACAUGUACUUACCAUCAGUUUUGAUGUGGAAACACUGUGAUAUAUAAAUGUUGUUGGACAACAGUAGUUUAAAAAUGAGUGGAGUAUAGAGGGUUAAAAAGGAAAAAAAUGGGAAAAAGCUAGCUAUAUCCUGAUACUUAUUGGAGACACUUUAACUUUUUUCCUUUUUAUUUUCAUUGUAUUAGAUAAAUGUGAAUGUAUAAUUGUAUAAAUUUAAUGUACUUGAAUACUUGUCUGUUCUCCCAGUAUGCUUGCUGGAUAUUUUAGUGCCUUGGACUUUUAUUGCUUCUGCAGUUAGCAUCACCUUCCCAGCAGACUUUAGACAGGAAGAGGGAAAGACAAGGGAGAGGGAGGUUAUUUGGACAUAGUCACUGGAAUACCAAAGGCUUAACACAUUGGAUGUUUAUACUGUAAUAGUGUCUAGAGUAGGUGUUGGAGAGAGAGCUACUGCAAUGGUAUGUUGAAAGAGCAAAGGUACAGAAUGGUGGAGCGACCAGUGUGGUUGACCCAGCAUCAGUGAGAGAUGGAUGUGGGGCUGCUGGAAUGAAUAGAUACCAUGACCAGAAUAAAAACUAGGUUGAUGAGAAGAGAGGGAAUAGCAAGAAAGAGGUGAGUCUUUGAAAAGAUAGCCCUAUGGGUGGUUUGGCUUUCUAGCUAUAAAGGUUUUUGGUAAGGGCAGUGCAUGUUAAUAGGUUGGAGCGAUCACUCUGGGGAGGGAAGUAUGUCUGCUGGGAUUUGCUCCCCGCUUCAUUUAAUCCAGAAAGGCCAAGAGUAGAUCAUUUUCAAGGAUGGAUACACUUGAAACAGCCAGCAUCAAAAAAUAAGUUGUUUUCACUCUAUGUCUAGAGGAUUUAAAAGCUGGUACCAGGAUUAUAACUAACUGUGUUGCCUUCUAGUAGGUGUACUUAUCUCCUACUUUCCACUCGCCUUCUAACUUAAAAUACUGAUUCCCUGUUCAAAUGAAACUCUGCAACCAACUAGUAUUACUUUGUAUUGCUGCAGCAGGCUGUGAAGGGUCAAAGUACUUCUGCUUUGUAUUUGGAAGCAGUUUUACUGCUAGUCUGGAAGUUUGUAUACUGAGAAAAAAUGUGUCCCCCUCCCAAAAUUCUCUAAGGUUACCAGGGAGUUUGUUCUUUCUGCACUUGUUUCACUCUUCCCUCAAACAUAUGCACAGGUCUUUCAUUGCAUCCUUCACCUCAAGUUGACGUUUACAGUGACUUUGUCAGGAAGAUGGAUAGAUUUUAGGCAUGGUGGUUGAAACACAAAAGCAGAAGUCUAGGCGUCUGGGCUUCCAGCAACUCACCAUUGUGAUGGGAAAGGUGGAUGGGAGGAAGCAUAAGGGUUCCUGAAGAGAAAAUUAACUGAACAGUCUGGGCUUUCUGGACUGUGUUGGAGGUUAUAAAGACAGAAAGUAUGAAGGAGCAAUUUGCAAGAGACGCCACUUCUUGUUAGAGGAGCUGGUCAGCUGAGUGUUGCACAAGGGUGGUAUUUUGGUUUAAUAUGUUUGAGGUCGGGUUUUCACUUAGUUAUGCAAGUACUGGUUUUAUUUACCAUUGAUUUCCCUCCUGUGGAUGAAAUAACUGAGGUCUAGAUGAAUUAACUAAUGCUACUGAACUGUUAAAUUAUUUUGUGUUAAUAUUACACUUUGAGUACCUUUUUCCACAAGAUCUGUUUCUGAAUACAGAUGUUUUCUUUACAUUAUUUAACAAUGUACACUGUAAGAUAAAUAAAUAAAUAAAUUGAAUUCAACCCUUGGGCUUCCCUGGCCGUAGUUACUGGUAUGUUUUGCACUAAAUCCAGGCAUUGCGCUUCCUGUAUGAUUGCGCUUUGUGCUGCAGUUUGUUACCUUCUUUGUAGAUAUUUAAAAAAAAAUCAUUCAAAUAAACCAAACCUGCUUUUGUUGA